AUGUCUCUCAGCCCCGGCUCAGAAAUAUCGCUGGCGGCUGCGAUCGCUGCUCUGGGCGUUGAUAUCCUGGUCCACCCGAUCGACACGUUGAUCACUCGCACUCAGUCACCUACCUACAGGACGCACUAUAAAAACGCCAAUGGAUCAUUCAACCGGUCCCUCUUUCUUGGGCUGUACCAGGGCUUCGGCCCGACCCUGGUCGCCGGCAUGCCCUCGGCCGCUGCAUUCUUCACCAUCUAUGAGGGCUUAAAGAAGGCCUCUCAAGACGCUAGAGCAGCGGGCUAUCUCCAGGGCGUGCCGUUGCCAGUGCUCCACGGGGCCAGCAGUGCUGCCGCCGACCUCGUGGCCUGCGCCAUCAUCAACCCGGCGGAGGUUCUGAAGCAGAAUGCGCAGGUGUAUCAGCAAGGCGAAGGAUCGGCGAAACGCCAGUCACCCACGUUGAAAAUUCUCAAAACGUUCAUGAAAAGGCCGUCAAGGUUGUGGGCUGGCUAUACAGCCCUGGCAACAAGCAGUAUACCCGGGACCUCCCUGACGUUCCUGCUCUAUGAAUCUCUGGCGGCGAAGUUGCUGAAAAGGCGGGAGCAGAAGAGCGGGAAAGAUCAAGGAAGUAUAACACAGCAGAUCCAGGUUCACACGAUUAGUGCCGCCCUCGCCGGUGCUUCUGCUUCCUUUCUCUUCGUCCCGGUUGACGUGGUGAAGACGAGAAUGAGGCUUGUGGCCGGGCGCCAAGCAACGAUUCCCCGUUUAUUCCAACUUCAGUCAGGAUCCAAGGCAGUGCAAUAA